AUGAAGAAACCGCCCCUGCCCUGCACCCUUCCCUGGAGCGCAGAAGCGCACCCGACACGACCAGCGGCCCACGCGCGCUGGGACGCGGGCAGGGACAACGGCGGGGAGACAAAGACGGACGGGGAGAUGGAGCAGUCCACGGGAGGCGUCGGCCCGGACCCCAGGAGCUCUCUGGCGCAAGCGGGACGGGACAAGAAGAGGCAGAGCCUCCUCACGCUGCACUGGCUGGAUGAGAACUACAUGGUGUGUGAGGGCGUGUGCCUGCCGCGCUGUAUCCUCUACACUCACUACCUCGACUUCUGCCGCAAGGAACACCUGGAGCCCGCCUGCGCCGCCACCUUUGGCAAGACCAUCCGGCAGAAGUUCCCGCACCUCACCACCCGGCGACUGGGCACGCGCGGUCACUCCAAGUACCACUACUACGGGAUCGGUAUCAAGGAGAGCAGCGAGUACUACCAUGCCGUCUACUCGGGGAAGGGCCUCACCCGGUUUUCUGGGAGCAAGAUUAAGAGCGAGGGAGGCUUCACGCGUAAAUACUCGCUGAGCUCCAAAACCGGCACUCUCCUUCCAGAGUUCCCCAGCGCCCGCCAGCUCAUCCUACCUGCGUCCGUGUCCAGAGACAAGGCCGACACGCUGAUCACGAUGUACAAGACCCACUGCCAGUGCAUCCUGGACAAUGCCAUCAACGGCAACUUUGAGGAGAUCCAGAACUUCUUGCUGCACUUCUGGCAGGGCAUGCCCAGCCACCUGCUGCCCCUCUUGGAGGAGGCCGCCGUGGUGGACGUCGUCUGCGUCUGCGACUCCAUCUUGUACAAGGUCCUCACCGAUGUCCUCAUCCCGGGAACGAUGCAGGAAAUGCCGGACAGCCUGCUGGUGGACGUGCGGGGGCUGGCGCGCCACUGGGACCGCUGGGCCAGCUCGUCGCUGGAGACGCUGCCAGCGCUGCUCUCCGAGCGCAAGCUGCCCAUCGCCAGACGCUUCUCGGCGUCGCUCAAGCGGCAGACGUCGUUCCUGCACCUGGCGCAGAUCGCGCGGCCGACGCUGUUGGACCAGGCGACGGUGAGCGCUAUGGUGCGCGACGUGGAGCGCGUGGACCUCAACUCGCUCGGCUCGCAGGCGCUGCUCAUGCCGCCCGGCGGCGCCGCCGACGACCCCGAGUUCGACUCCGACCCCGAGUAUGACUCGGUGGUUGUGUUCCAAGAGUUGAGGGAUCUGCUGAAGAGCGGUGCCACGGUGGAGGCGUUCAUCGAGUGGCUGGACCAGGUCCUGGAGAACCGGGUGAUCAAGCCGAGCAAGCAGAACGGGCGCACGCUGAAGAAGAGGGCUCAGGACUUCCUGCUGCGCUGGAGCUUCUUCGGGGCGCGCGUCAUGCACGGCCUCACGCUCAACAACGCCUCCAGCUUCGGCUCGUUUCACCUGAUCCGCAUGCUGCUGGACGAGUACAUCCUGCUGGCCCUGGAGACUCAGUUCAACAACCACAAGGAGCAGGAGCAGCAGAGCCUGCUCGACAAAUACACGCGCAACGGAGACGCGAGCCGCACUACCCUCAGCGCCACCCCCAGCUCGUGCUUUCUGGCGAGCCGGGCCAAGGCUUGCUUGGCCCUGACCCCAGGGCCCGAGAGGGUCAAACGCGAGACCACCGCUCCGGCUCUGCUGCAACCUUUGCAGCAGCAGCAACAGCAGCAUCAGCAGCACGCGUACCACGACCAGCAGAGGCACCACCACCACCACAACCACCACCACCACGAAAGCCAACAGCAUCAUCAUCAUCAGCAGCAACAGCAGCAUCAUCAUCAUCAGCAGCUGUCACCCAUGAGAUGCGGCCUCUACUCCUCCAUGCUGGGAAGCCACGAAGCGACUCUUGCAGACUACCCGGCAGGUCACCCGGAGCUGUUGCUGAGCCGCGGCAGCGUCAUCAUGAACCAGCCGCCGCCACCCGCCCGGCCGGUCGCGCCAGCCGCCCCCCCGCCGGCUCACGGCUACGCCGAGGCGGCCUAUGACAACUCCCUCGACUACUAUCCCGGCAGCAGCUACGGACGAUCCCACCACCACCACCACGAGCAGCAGCAGCUACAGCUGCACCACCACCAGCAGCAACACCACCACCAGCACCACCACCAGCACCAAGACAGCAGCAAUGGCAACAACAGCCACCACAAUCGUACGGGCAACAGCGUCUGCAGCAACAACAUCAUCGUCGUCGACAGCAGCAGCAGCAGGAGUCAUAACAACACCAACAACAACAGUAGCGGUGGCGGCGGUGGCCGCGAGGCCUCGCAAGGCAACGUCUACGCCACGUCGCCGUUCCGCCAGCGUGGAGGCUACGCGCCGCCGCCGCCAUUCCACGCGGGGGCCGCGUACGGCCACGCGGCGUUCGCGACGGGGCCGCGUGGAGGCUGCGGAGUUGACGGCGGCUACGGCUACGGGCUGCCGACGGGCGGCGCGGGGGGCGAUGGCGGCGUGGACGCGGGGUUCUCGUGCGCCGCCACGGGCCCAGGCUUCUACGGCGCUGGCGCUCUAGCCGGCCGUGCCGUGCCGGUCAUCAGCUGCCACGGCGCGUCGCGGGCCCCGGAGCGGCCCGACCCUCUGGGGCUGCUCUGCGGCGGAGAACCCCCCGGUUACUACGGCGACGGCAAGCAUCACGGUUACUACGGCGACCACAAGGCUGACGACGGUUGCUACGGGGCGAGGAAGGCGGAGGAGGAGUAUGGCUGCUGCUCGUCCGCGGGCGACGCAGAUGCGUCGCUGUCCCAGUGCAUGUACGACAGCAGGGCGGCUCUCUACAGCUCCCAGCAUGCCCUGCACUACGCCCAGCACGCGUCGUCGCAUCCGCAGCAGCAGCAGCCGCAGCAGCCGCCCCUCCCGCCCAUCGCCACCGUCUUCAUGGACCAGAUCACGGGCGAGAGCUGAACCGACCAACGUCUGCCCGGCAUGUUCCGAGCGGCUACGGCGAUCGUGAUGAUCUGCAACAGCGGCGGCAACGAUCAGCGAUCUCUCUUUCGCGCGGCCGACGGUGUCGAUGCAGAACACCGGCUACGAUUUCACAUUCAAAGUUCAAAGUUCAUUUAUUAGGUAUAGCCCUGUGAGCCAUUCGGCUCUUGAAUCGGGUGCAACCGCAACAAACAAAAAACUAAAACAUGAACAAGAAAACAUCUUAAAGUGACUGAGUGCAAACAGAAAAUCCAAGAAAAAACAGCAAAAUAUUGCAGAAAAAUCACCGUACACCAACCCUGUGCAAAUAUCCCAGUGGGAUGCAAGUCAAACAACAACAACCACAAGACAACUUAGAUUAAGGCCAUCAGUCUAACUCUGUACUACAACAAACAAAUAUGGCCAAACCAAAAAACUUUUCGAAAAUCACCAAAAUAAAGCCAAGACAGACAACAGCGUCAGGAGCAGCGCAGUAGUGGCGUGUCGCCGUGAUGUCUCCUUCUUCGUAAUUCGUGGAUCGGGGGCAUUGCGUCGUUACGCGUUGCUACUGCCCGUUCUGGAUGACCAACAGUCACGGCACACUGCUACUGGAGAGUUUUUAUUUUCAUGUUUCCCAUUUGUGCAUCCGGUAUCAGCAUCUACUGCUGCCAUGGUUUGUGCGGUUGAGGUUGGACCACGAGCGAUGUUCAGCGCCGCGUUCCGAUCGUCAAAACCAGCAAGAUCAGCCUGGGGUUGCCACCCUUCCGUCUGAUGGACGUGGCAAACGAAAUCUAAGAUGCAGCGUGGGGA